CCGGGCACAUCGGGCACGGCCGCCGCAGCCAUGGGCAGCAGAGGGAUCGCCUCCCAGACUCUUCCUUUCCGCAGCCACCCAACUUGCAGAGGAUGAGAAGAGCGGAGUGAGCGCGCAGUCAGCCCCAAAGCCGGAUUUUUUUUUUUUUUUUUUGGGGGGGGGGAUGUGAAUAAUAAUUAACUUUUGUUUUUCCGCCCUGUUUUGCAUAUGGAAAGUGGCUGUCGCCAGCCCACAGGAUUGCACUUGAAGAGGAGGCUUUUGGGCUGAAGGAUUGGAAGUAGAUCCGUCUGGAUCUAAACGCACGGAACCAAAGUUGGGAUUUAGGGGGACGAAAAGGAGGCGGGGGGGAACUCAGGAGAGGAGAAAUUGGUACAGUUUCUCCAGGAUCGGUCCGGAAACCAGUCAGCUUUCCGCAGCUCUGGCUUCUUACGGGAUUUAAGCUCCGAGAUCACAGCAAGACACCUUGAAAAUGGUGGUUUUCAUCAACACAAAGCUUAAAUCUCUCAUGAAACUUUUCAAGAGAAAGACUGUUUCCAACUUAGACGAAGAGAGCAGAUGGACCGUCCAUUACACUGCUCCGUGGCACCAGCAGGAAAAUGUGUUCCUGCCUUCCUCAAGACCACCUUGUGUGGAGGACUUGCAUCGGCAAGCCAAGCUGAACCUCAAGUCAGUACUGAGAGAGUGUGACAAGCUGCGGAGAGAUGGCUAUCGGAGCUCUCAGUAUUACUCUCAGGGCCCCACCUUCUCCUCAUCCUCCAGUGCAAUCUGUGGAAGUUACCAGGAUGAUUAUGAAGAAAUUGAACAAAAGUGUUCUGUCUCUACUCCAGAAGAAGAAAAGCUUAUCACCAUCAGAAGGCCUAAAACCCCAGUUUCAAAUGAGUUAUCAGAUAUCAACACACAAACCAACUGGACUAAGUCACUUCCACUGCCAACACCAGAAGAGAAGAUGCGGCAGCAAGCACAGGCAGUCCAAACAGAUGUGGUUCCUAUUAAUGUGACUGGGGAGAAUUUCGACCGCCAAGCCAGCAUUCGGCGGUCUCUAAUUUACACAGACACGGUGGUAAGACGGCCGAAGAAAGUCAAAAGGAGAAAGACUAUAACAGGAAUCCCUGACAACAUACAAAAGGAGCUAGCAGUUGGCACUGGCCAAAGUGAUUUCCGAGGGCACUCGAUGUAUGUCCCAGAUCACAGUUCCACGCUAGGGCGACUAGACAGCUAUCGCUCUGCUAUGCAGCGAUCUGAAACCAAGGACACCAGCUGCCAGACAGAAGAAGUUAAAGUUGUGCCUCCUUCAAUGAGAAGAAUACGAGCACAGAAAGGACAAGGCAUUGCAGCUCAGAUGUCUCAGUUCUCCAGUUCAUCUGGAAACAUGUCCGUGAUGAGUGAUUCUGCUGCAGUUAUAUUUGCUUCUCGCCAGAAUAGUGACAUAGGUUUUCACAGCUUGCCUCGGGCUGGUGCAAGAGUGUCUCUGCAGUCCUUAGAACAGACCAAGAGUAUCUCCAGGCAGACAGAAGACAUCGCUGGCACUUUGACCCACCAGAUAAAUGAACUGCAAAUGGAUGAUGAUGUUGUGCAUCUGAGAAAUAAUGCUGUAACAGGAACUCUUUCGAGACCAAAGUCUCAAGAGGUAAGAAGUUAUGACAGCGAAAAGUCUAUUGGCCCAGCAUGUGUGGUCUCUCCUCAUGCCACCUACUCAACAAGUGUCAUACCCAAUGCAACACUGUCAUCCUCCUCAGAAGUUAUUGCUAUUCACACUGCCCAGAGUACUGGAUCCCUGGAUAAUAAAAUUAGCAGUUCUGCUGUGUACCCAAAGCCAAGAGACAAUCCUGUUGCCAACAAUGCCAUAAGUGGGAAAGAAGAUCACCAUUCUUCAAGUGGUAACUGGAGUGAGAGUAGCUCCACACGUCACUCACAGACUUCAGAUACCAUCCCAUCUAAUACUGUUAUGAUGCUUUCUCUUGGUGACUCUGCUGUCUCUCUCAGCACUCCUGGAAAUGCAGAGGCUGGCUCUCAGAGUGUGAACUACAGCUGCAGAAGUAAUCUUGCUUUACCAAGCCAGUCCCAGGACAGUGACGGUAGGAGUGAAUCUAGCUACUCAGGGGAGCGAACACAAGGUACAGUGAGCAGCACAGAGCAUUGGCUAUACAAGUCUACGGAAAAUAGUGAGACUGCAUCACGCAAGGUAGCUUGUACCACACCAGGCUGUGCCACUCCUGGUAGCAACCUGAGCAGCAGCAGCCUGGAGAGGACAUCAGCCAAAGAAGAUUCCACUUCUCUGUAUUCUGUAGACCAUGAUGGUUAUUACAGCUCUAUGAACAUGGACUCUGGACUGAAGUCAGACAUGCCAUGCUAUAGUACUAAUGGUUUCGGGAACCCCAGAGACAGCGUGGUUAAUGUCUUUGAAGGAAAGGAGAAGAAACAUCAAGAUGACCAGGCAGGCCAAGGUGAAAAAUCCCUCGCAAGAAACAUCUCUCUGAAAAAGGCAAAGAAGCCGCCUUUACCACCGUCUAGAACAGACUCACUCAGAAGGGUACCCAAGAAAAAAGCUCAGUCCAAUGGACAGGUACUUGAUGAAACCCUCAUUGCCACCCUCCAGCAUUCUCUGCAAUUGAAUCUCAAGUGCAAAAAUGGCAGCUCCCCUUCGCAGAGCCCCUGCAGUGAUUAUGAGGAUCCUUGGGUGUUGCGCUCUCGCAGCCAGAGCUCUGUCAGUGCAAGCAGCAGCAUGAUGUCCACUACUGCCCCAAACCUGUACUCCAUCUGCACAGUCACUCCCUCUCAGAGUGAAACAAGCAGCAUCAAGUCAGAGUAUGCUGACCAGUGGGGUUACUACAGUGACUAUGCUGCAGUGGCAGAUGACCAGAUGAAGUCCCCAGUGACCCAUUCUGCCAGUACCUCUUCUGCUCUCAGUGAUUGCAGCAUCAGCCACUUCAGUGAUGGCUCAAGGGCUUCUGUGCCACAAGUGCCCAGUGGACUGGCCAAACCAAAGAGCACUUCUCCAGAGAAGUCCCACCGAGUCACAUCGCCAUCCAGUGGGUACUCCAGCCAGUCCAAUACACCCACUGCACUUACCCCAGUGCCUGUGUUUUUAAAAUCUGCAUCAUCAGGAAAUGGGAAAUCCAAGCUGAAACCUAAAGUGCCUGAAAGGAAAUCUUCUCUUCUGUCUUCAGUCUCCAUUUCCUCAUCCUCCACUUCUCUUUCUUCAAAUACAUCUACUGAAGGGAGCGUGAGUGUGAAGAAAUUAGACCCCACCCCAAGCUCUCCUCCAGGUUCUGGUGCACCUCCUCCUCCACCUCCUCUUCCAGCACCUCCUCCACAUUGCGUUGAGCUCUCUCCUCCCUCUUCCCCUCCUCCUCCUCCAGCAGAAGCCAUGGAUCUAUCACCACUGCCAGCCUCUCCCACAUUUCCGCCCCCUCCACCAGAAGCUGAUGUAAAUUCUUCCUUUGCUCACAGUGUCCAGUGGUUACCACAAGAAGCUUCCAUCGGUUCAUACUCUUCCCCUGUUCCUCCUCCUCCUAUUUUCCCUUUAGUUGUCCCACCACCAGCACCACCUCUUGAUCCCAAACUGACAAAAGGUGCAAUGAUAUGCCCGGAGUAUUCACUUAAGAAACACAAUCAGGAAGAUUCUUGCUACAGUGCUGUGAAACAGCCAUUCAACAAGCAAGAUGCAUCAAGACCUGUGAUGCCCUUAGUAACUACCAAAGCAUUGCAAAUGGUGCAGCUGAGGUCUAUCAAAAAAGCAACAGAAGGUGACUCGUCACCUGAAUCUGCUUCUGAAACCAUCUCUCAGGAAAAGGGUAUUGUAAGUUCAUCAUCACAGUCUUCCCUAAGGCCAUCUCUUUCACUAAGACUCAGUAACAGCUUAGGUGAAGAGGAGAUGAAGAUUCACGGCACUUCAUUUAAAAACUCACCUCAAACACUGGCUCAGAGUUCUCCUCUGAUACUCUCUGACAACAUACUUGUGUUGGAGAGUGAUAAAAAAUCUGCAAUUACCAUGGGUCUAAACAAGUCUUUGGAAUUAGAUUCCCCGGGGACAGUUCCUGAAGCCACACCCAAGUCCCCAGUGCGGAGCGAAGACUUCCAUUCUGGCAUGCCACUGCAGGGGUCACCAGCAUCUCCAGACAAGACUCAGGUCAUUUUGCCAAACAAGAAACCACCUCCCAUUUCAAAGAAACCUAAACUGUUCCUUGUUGUACCACCUCCACAUUUAGAUCUCACAGUGGAGAAAAUAGCUGAAGUGAGUGAUACUGUCAGAAGCACAUCAAGCCCGACUAAGAGAGACGCUGUGCUUACACACUGUGAGGAGGCGAGAAAUUGCCUUACAGAUGGACUCAGCUCCAGUGAGAUGGACUCUGGCAGCCUGGUUCCUGAGGGAGGAGCUGCCAGAGUCACCUUCUCUGAAGCAGUGGGAGCUGGUGCCUUUGUGGUACAGCCCGCUGCAUCACCAGUUCAAGAGGAGCCCAGGCAAGAGGAGCCAUCGGCUUUUGAUGAAGGAAGCAGCUCAGGCAGCAGCCAAGACAGCAGCAGUAACACUGAAAGACACCUGUCUCAGGAGAGCGAAAGUGCUGAGGUGUUUGAGUCAGAUACAGCAAAUAGUUCAUUCCUGCCAAGCAAUAAUUAUGGGGAAGAGACAGACGGAGUGGCAACACCAGCAAGACCGAGGACUACUGAGGAUCUUUUUGCAGCCAUUCACAGAUCCAAAAGGAAAGUCCUUGGCCGUAAAGAUUCUGAGGACGAUCGUACCCGCAACCAUUCUCCUUCACCCCCCGUAACGCCCACUGGUGCUUCCCCAACCUUAUCUACCCUCAAACAGGCAGGAUCUAUUCAGAGAAGCGUUCGCAAGAGCAGCACCAGCAAUGACAACUUCAAAGCCCUGCUGCUGAAGAAAGGGAGUCGUUGUGACACCAGUUCCCGCAUGUCAGCAGCAGAGAUGUUGAAGCACACGGAUCCACGGUUCCACCGAGCCAAGGUGGAUGCCUCUCCUGACAUUUCUGACAGCCCUGCCAGCUGCUCGCCCAGCAAGAGCAAACGGGCCCAAGAGGAGUGGGCUAGGAGUGAAGGCCUGAUGCCGAGGAGCAUGUCCCUCUCCAGCACUAGGUACGGCCGAUCACGAACACCGCCCUCCGCUGCCAGCAGCAAGUACAACGUUCGCAACCGCAUCCAGAGCAGCCCCAUGACUGUGAUUAGCGAAGGAGAUGGGGAAGUGAUGGAGCAGUCAGAGAGCAGGGCCCAAAGGACUUUGGAUGAGCAGCAAGAGAGGCAGCUCGAUGUAUUUAACAGUGAUGAAAUAGACAUGAACGACUUUCCGUAUUCUGAGGAGCCAGACUGCAAGGAGACCUUGGAUCCAACCCAUCUAGACUUAAUGACUCAGCCAGGUACUUCAAGGAAGUACCUAAGUCCUUCAGCUGAAGAAAGUUAAGCGGCAGUGACAGAUGGCAUUGGAUAUUAGUCUAGAAAAUGACAGAGGACUAGAUUCCAGAGGAAAGCCCAGAUCAGGACAGGUUUACUCCGCUGAGCAUUUUCUCCAUGAACUGCAUGUGUGUGUUUAAAGGCUGAAGCAACAGUAGUUCUGCAGGGGUGGGGUGGGGAGGGGAGGACUUGCUUUGAAUGAGUGGUCUGUGGCUUAAAGAAAUUAACAUCUGAAACUGUUGUGUGAAGCCUUAGAAGUCCUCUUGGGGGCAGGGGUAGGGGAGUUUUCUCAGAGCCUGUAGGGGUGUGAAGUUUUUCUUUUUUCUUGAGACUGCAGUUGUGCAAGUAAAAUUUAAGCCUGCAAAAGAGGAAGAGGAAGGCUUCUGUGGUACAAGCUGGACAUCUGCUUCAAAAGCAUUGUGUUGGUGCAGCGUAGUGCAUUCAUUAAGCAGAGAGGUAGGAUGAGGAACCUGCGGAAGGUAGUAGGGUUGGUGCUAGGGCCACAUGGCUUCUUAUCCAGGUAUGCCCCAGCAUUAAAUGAAGUGUGUCCUGCUAAUGGGUCACCAGGUUAUGAAUUUGUCCAGGGUACUUUGUUUUUUCCUGAGGGAAAAUGAAAAAAGUUGACAUAGACGAGGGAGACAACAACACAGUACUAGCUGCUAUGCAGCCACACACGUACACUUGGUGAAACACUCAUUUCCAAGUGAACUGCUUCCUUGGCCAGAGUAUUCCCUUAGAGAACUGGAACAACUGGAUAUGUGUAGAGGAUGUGAGCAGACAGCAGAGAAAUGGGUGAGGAAUUAAGUAGUAUACUGCCGGAGUUUGGGACAGUUAAGUUUCUGAAUUCUUAAACAGAAUUUGAGAACUUGCACUACAGAGCUGUAGGUGAAGCCUAUCUUUCAAAACUGAAACUUGGGAGUUAUGUUUUUGCCAGAAGUCUCUCUUCCAUUUAUCAAAAUUGAAGAGUUAUUACUUUUCAUCACUUGAAAUAUGGAUACUUGCUAACUUUUGGUUACCAAAGAAUAAGUUACAGUUACUUUCCUUUUUGAUUUGCCUGUAGUAUUUCUUUUCUUUUUUUAACCUUAAUAAUUUAGUGAAGUUCAUUUUUAUUGUAUAUUUUAUGGAUAAUAAAAACAUUUAACGGUUUUCCAAUUGUAAAGAAGACCAGUAAUUGAAACGGAAAUGUUGGCAGGAAUUUUUGGUUCUUAGUAGGAAUUAAGCUUUUAAUUUGUAAGAAGAAUUUUGCAUCAUUUGAUGGCGUGAGCAGUUUUUGUAUUGUUUGUAAAUAUUGAAAGUUGUUAAAAUAUCUUUUGAUCUCCCUACCGUAGAAUUUAUACAUUUUUAGAUUGCUUUUAAAAAGAAAAAGCACUCUUUGUAGAUUAUUUAUUUUAGAGAAAUAUGCUUGUAAUCUCUUUCUUCAUUCCUCUACUUGUUAGUAAUGUAAAUUUCAGGGGCCUUUGUUUAACUCUUCCCUUCACAAGAGGGGAAUAGUGAUGAAAAUGCUGUGACUUCACUUCAAUAAAGAAGGCAGCUGCCAGUUGCCAUAUUGUCUUUUGAGUUGAUUAAAAUCUCCUUCAAAAGAUGUGUCCAGCAGCAUAUGGCAACACAAUGAAUGCCUAGACCAUGCUACUAAUCUACAGUUUUCAUUGCAAAAGUUACUAAUUCCAUUUAGAGGCAGAACUAAAGCAUACUUACAUAUCCAUCCCAUUUUGGCACCUCAACGCUGAGACUAAAAAUCCUGAAAUAGUCAUAAGCUUUUUCCAGUAUUAUUUGUGAGUGUAUCUACUGCUUCUUACUUGCAACCUGUCCCAGAAAACUAAAACUGCUGGAGAACCAGAUUAUAAGCAGAGCAAGAGCGAAAUGAAAAGUGAAUCCAGCUGCACUCAUGGGAACAAGGGUGGGACUAACUGAUGCAUAGCAAUCGUUCUACCAUUCAUGCAUGCUAUUGGAACCAUUGGAUUUUUGGAAUCAAAUAUAAAUGUAACUGGGUGAAAUAGAGAUUUCAGCUAUUAUUAAUAUUGAUCUGAAUUAGAUAAAACUGCUAGAUGUCUACUGACUGUUUCUGUUUGAGCUGUGAUCACACUACACAUAGAGCAUAGGAGAGUGCACAGAGCACUUUUACCAGCAGGCACUUCCCUUCUCAAAGGGAUAUGUGGUUGUCUUAUCCUCAUACCUCUAUCCCAAUAGGAGGGUACUCAGGCUUUGCUUUACUGUUUACAAUUGGGGAAAUAGUCUAAGUGCAAAUGUGCAGUAUUAGAGAAAAUUAUGUGUAGCAGUCAGAAAGACCAAUGUGAUAGAAAAGGCAUUACAAAAGAGGUGGAAGGACCAGCACAAUAGCAAGGUGCUACAAAGGAAGGGAAAUAAAUCACUCACCUGUAUUGGAAGAUUCUGGGUUCAUGGGGAAAAGCUUCCACCAAGGAGGGAUCUCCAGGAAGCAGCCCUUCUUCAGUGGCAGUCAGCCUUUAAAUGAGGCCUAAGAGGGGUGGAGCCAGGUUCCUUCCCUUCUGGUUGCACAGGAGAAUUGCCUUCACCUGUGCUCCCAGGGCUGACAGGGUCUUUCCUCCAGGUGCUCAAUCAGUGGUUCAGGCCGUGACUCAACAGUUCCUAUACAGUUAUGAUUCUGUUGUCUGCAACUUCUGCAAUGCUUUGCAGCGUUUUUACAACAAAAAAGUGCCCCUGGGAGGGAGCCUGGCCCAUUUUUUUGCUUGUUGUUGGCCAUUUGACGCUAUCUUAAGUUUUUAUAGGCAAAAUGGGAAACUCUUUGGAAAGUUGUGGCUUACAUGUGUAUGCAGGUAGGUGGGAUUAAAAGUAGUGUGAGCUGAUUUUUUUCUACUGCAGCUUGCCUUGAUGCUCAUGUAAAAUUCACAUUUGGCGUGUGUUUGAUCUGAGGCUCAGGGUCUGACUAGUGUGCAGAAGGCAGUGUUUAUGUAACCCUACUGAUGUUGCUACAGGACUACAUUUAACAUAGCAUAAGAUGUAAAACGUGAACAGUGUGCUAAAAUAUAUUUAGUAGUGUUUGUAUUUAUGUAGGCAACUGAUGUAACUUUUAUAUGCGGGUGUCACCAUAUCAUCUAUCCUCUGCAGCCGGUUCAGAAUUGGUAGCUCAGAUUUUUUCAGCUAUGUUCUUCUCAGCUCCAGUGUUCGCAGCUGAACUCAGCCCAAGAGCACAGCGGCUUUAGGCUGUGCUUUCAGAACUGGCAGCAACUCUGGUGUGUAUGUAAUUAUGGUAAGAAAAACAUAUUUUAUGUUGUACAUCCAACUUCAGAGUUAAUCUCUUCCAUUAUAAUCUUCCUGCAUAGGAAGGAUUUGUAAUUGUGGUGGUUCUGCUGGUCAGCAACUAUAGGUUAAGAUUUGGAAACCUCUGCUAAAGACAUCCAGAGCCCUUGGAGGGGAGGAAAAAUGAGGAAACUUCUGCCAUGCUAAAGAAAAGGUCUGGUGUGAUCCUGAUGAUUAAUCAUAUUAUUACAGGGCUUGUUCAUAGUUUGCAGUUGAUUUACACUUUUCCUCUAAAACAAGAAUCGCUGUUAAAGCUAGAUUCAAGAUUAAUAGGUUUCUCUUUUUAUUGUGAAUGUUUUUUUACUUCACCAUUUUCCUAUAUUUUUCUUCCUUUGACUGUAUUCAAAGUUCAUUCUUACUCAUGUCAAAUGUUCACAGCCCAAACUCCCCUUAGAAUAAGAGUCCUUAAAUUAUUAAAAGUUAUUACAUCCA